UUUUAGAUUCUACACUUUUUGCUGUUCCACAGUUCUCGCCUAAAGGUCAAGAGCUCAGCUUUUAGUAUUCUGCAGAAAGUGGUUCUUUACGGUCGACUAGUUUUUUCUCAGAGGAUGAAACUUUCUGCUUUAUUAGUUUUAUUGGUCAUUAGUGGCCAUAAAGUUUUGGCUAAAACACAUCAGGAACGUAUAGUAGGUGGAGUGGAGUUGCCCAUUCAUAAAUCCCCAUGGCUCGCUUCUUUAAGUGUGCAUGGAAACUAUAGUUGCAGUUCGGCUCUGAUUACAUCUCAGUGGUUGGUGACAGCAGGACAUUGUGUGUACUAUAAGGAUGAUUACUCCGUUCGAGCAGGAUCUUCAUACGCCGACGAAGGUGGUCAGAAAAGGGAUCUGGUCAGGAUUAUCCUUCAUCCGAAGUUUAAUAUACGAACUCUGAACAACGACGUUGCCUUGCUGAAGGUUCGUGAACCUUUUACUUUGAGGGAAGAUGUUCAGCCGGUGAAGCUACCGUUUCCAGGACUUAGUGUCCUUCCCCGGACCUUUUUGGUUGGCGGUUGGGGAACUCUAAAUGAGAAUUCCAGUGACUCGUCUACAACUUUACUUGGCACUUUUGUGGAAGCCAUAGACCAAAGGCGUUGCCGACGACUUUACUCUCGACUGAAUCGCUUUAUUUCGAAUAAUAUGCUGUGUGCGGCAUCCGCUGGACGGGAUCACUGCUACGGGGAUUCAGGAGCUCCUUUAGUGCAUGCAGGAACCAGCUUUGGAAUCGUAUCCUUUGCCCAUGGCUGUGCGAAUCCGCAUUUUCCAGGGGUCUACACCCGAUUGUCCAAAUAUGUGGAUUGGAUCUUCAGUAUCCUGGAAACUGAUAACAAUAUAAACCUAAUAAACAAGAUCAAUUGA